AGGAGGAGGAAGCGGCCCCUGCAAGCUCCGGGCGCGCUCAACAGUGGGCGGUCCGCACACAACGAACUGGAGAAACGCAGGAGGGCCCAGCUGAAGCGGUGCCUGGAGCAGCUGAGGCAGCAGAUGCCCCUGGGCGUUGACUGUCCCCGAUAUACCACACUGAGCUUGCUGCGCCGCGCCAGGGUGCACAUCCAGGUAGAUGAAAUGUGUUACUUAGAGGUGGUGGAUGGCAAAUGGCAAGACGCGGGCAGCAUUCCUUCUGGCUUGGCGCCUGCCAGGCUGCUUUCUACACUGCAUAAGCUGGAGGAGCAGGAGCAGCAGGCCCAGCGGCUCAAGGAGAAGCUUCGCAGUGAACAGCAAAGCCUGCAGCAGCAAUUGGAGCAGCUCCAGGGGCUGCCCGGAGCUGGAGAGCGGGACCGACCCCGAGCUGACAGCCUGGACUCUUCUGUUCUGUCCUCUGAGCGCUCAGACUCAGACCAAGAGGAUGUAGAGGUGGAUGUGGAGAGCCUGGUGUUUGGGACUGAGACUGAACUGCUUCCGAGACUCAGCACUAGCCAGGGGCUUGGCUACUCACACAGCACCAGUACCUGGCUAUGACACUCACUGCCCAUAGCAUCCUUUUCUCUUUGGACUGAGCCUACUAGGCAGGAGCCCCACACAAGUCCCAAGGUCUGCUUAGAGCCACUUGUUGGAGACUGGGAGGAGACUACGAAAGAUCCUUGUGUGGAAACAGGACUCUGUGGGCUCAGCUGCACAGCUUGAGCCUGGGCUACCCUCCCCAUUCCCCUAGGGGGGGCAUUUUAUGUAGCCCUUGGCUCUGCUUUGCUGCCCCCCAUGGGGACAGGAGCCUAUAGGCCGCUUGUUCCUGGGCAAAAAGCCCCAGGCCUCUGCCCCACACAUACCGCACAGUAUUUUCAUUAAAAUCCUCUUUCGUAA